GUUCACGACGGUGUGACUUUUUAACCUUGCUCGUUGGAUCUGCAAUCAAAAUAUCUUUGUCACGAUUUCCCAAAAGUUAGCAUUCCCCUCAGUUUCUUACAUUGCUCUCGUUACCGUCUUCCUGCCUGUAUUUCCAGUCUCUACGCGCCGACGUCCACCGUUGGCACACACUUUCGAUCCGCUUCUACGCGCCAAAGGUUUACGCAAACGCAAAUCACCAAUCACCAAAUCGAUAGCCUGAUAACAUGUCUCUGUGUCAGAACCGUUUAUUGGAAGAGCGCAAGCAGUGGCGGCGCGAUCACCCCUUUGGCUUUGUCGCAAAGCCCCUUCGAGGAAAGGAUGGCGUUAUCGACAUGAAGAACUGGGAGUGCAGUAUCCCUGGAAAGGAAAAGACUAUAUGGCAUGGCGGCCAGUUUAAGUUGACUGUCGCUUUUCCCGAUGAAUAUCCGACCAAGCCACCAAAGUGCAAAUUUGUUCCUCCUUUGUUCCAUCCCAACGUCUACCCGUCUGGAACUGUCUGUCUCUCGAUCCUCAACGAAGAAGAGGCAUGGAAGCCUGCCAUAACGAUUAAACAGAUUCUGCUCGGCAUCCAGGAUCUCCUUAACGACCCCAACCCGGACUCUCCAGCUCAGGCCGAAGCCUAUAAUCUCUUCAAGAAGGAUCGCGCCGAAUACGAGAAAAGAGUUAAGCGUGUCGUCCGCGAAAACCCAGCACCUUGAGCUACGCGAAGCUGGGAGGUGUCGACUUGCGUACUGUUUGCAACGGCGUUUUAGAGAUACGAAUUACGAGCGACCCAUUUCGAUUUGCCUUUGAUAUCAUCAUUCCCUUUUGCUUAAGAUUUCGCAUUCCCCUUGUACUUCUUUUAUUUUACUUUUUUUCACAAUAAGCGUCUGUUGGUCGUUGGCAUACGCGUAGGAUGUUUAGGGUAGACAAUCACUGGCUAACAAGCAGUACUGUUGUGACGAUAUGCAUGGCAGAAGUUACAAUUGGUAAGCCAUUGAUUACAAAAAAAAUACAUUUACCAAUAUAUGCGGUUCCACAUUGUUGCAAGAUGGACCAGAGCUUUACCAGGGGCCGUAACACAGAGAGCGGCAAUGGAGAUGGUAACACACGUCGCAGUAACGCAGAUUGUGUCAGGAGCGCAGGAUACCGUGCAAUACGCGACUAUCCGCGAUAGCUUACAGCCAGAAGAUAUGGACACCGUGAAGCCUUCUUCCAAACAAUCCUGUCAUCACCCUUAUAUCAGGUUGUCCGCUUCUUGCCCGUCUUAUAAGCAUGGAGUUACUCCACGGCCGACCAAUAAGAGCGUCUGGAAUUUCAAACCGUGCCGGCAUGCAUCCGCCUGGCGGCGCCCAGCAUGCCGAAGUCGGAACCCACUCUCUGCUUGCGAUGAGUCUUCACUUCUAUGUCCAACCGUUUUUGUACAGUGGACACCACCCAGUUAUAGCGAUGUGAAUCCACUGAAGUUGCACCAAACAGCACCAUAGUGGCC